AUGGCUGCGACAAGAUCUCGUGCAACCGCUAGUCUGCAACGACCCAGUAUAAGGGCAAGUGAGCUCCCUUUCACUCGUAGCUCCAGCAAUCGCAACUUUCUCUUCACAUUGCCAUCAUGAAGUUCGCUACAGUCGCGGCAGCUAUGCUGCCUCUUGCGGCCGCAUACACCAAGGAACAGUACAGAUCGGGAGCUGUCAUGCAAUGGAUGAUGGAGGCCAAAGAGUCUGCCUGGGCUGUUGCCAGAGCUGCCGGCGAGUACAAGAGCGAGAGAUACAACGGAUUCGAAAAGAACAAGAAGGGCGAUCGAAUUCGAUGCACCAACGGCAAGGCCGAAGCCGUCGCAGGAGACGCCAACCAAACAUACGCCUGCAACGGCAUCGAUAUGUACGACUUCAAGACUCACGCAGAGCUCGGUAGCAACGGCGGCGAGGGCUCUGGAUCUUGGGGUGUCACACUGCAAGGCCGAGACUUCAUCGCCAUCGGACAGACAGACGGCGCCGCGUUUGCUGAGGUGACGAAGCAAGGCAAGCUGGUGUACCUUGGCAGACUUCCUGCGCAAUCGACACCAAUCAUCUGGAGAGAGAUCAAGGCGAAUGGUCCUUACAUGAUCAUCGGCUCUGAGGCUGUUGCACAUGGCGUUCAGAUCUUUGACAUGCGCAAACUCCUCAAGGUCGAUCCGAAGAAGCCGAAGACGUUCAGCACUCUUACUGAUGUCACUGUGUUCAAUGAUCCCAUCGGUCUCCCAACUGGCCGCUCGCACAAUGUCGUGGUGAACGAGGAGAGGAACUACGCCGUCGCGGUCGGUGCCGCACCAAGGAAUACCACAUGCAACUCUGGUCUGGUUUUCAUUAACAUGGACAAUCCUACCAAGCCAUACAUGUCUGGCUGCGCGCCACAGGAUGGUUAUGUCCACGAUGCCCAGUGCAUUGUCUACCGCGGUCCACACAAGAAAUACUACGGAAAAGAUAUAUGUUACGGCUUUAAUGAAGAUACGUUAACCAUCUACAACGUGGAAAACAAGAAGGGUCUCACUGCCGCCGAGAUUAUUUCCAUCACUCCUUACAAGGGUGCCUCCUACAGCCACCAAGGCUGGGUCCUGGACCCCAACUGGCAAACUCAUCUUGUUUUGGACGAUGAGCUCGACGAGGGCUUGGUCGUGCCAGACGAAGUGAACCCAGAGAGUCCUGCAUUGGAUGGUUUCCCGGUGACCUACAUCUUCGACAUCACAAAUCUCGAGAAGCCAGUCAACACCGGAUUUUACAAGUCCAAGGUCAAGUCGGUCGACCACAACCAGUUUGUCCACAACGGUCUCUCCUUCCAGUCCAACUACCAAGCUGGUCUGCGUGUCCUCGAUGUCAGCAGCAUUCCACGCGAUCCUUCGGGAAAGAGUGUUCGCGAGAUCGCCUUCUUCGACACAUAUCCACAAGACGACUCGCUACCUGGUGGCGGACUUCCUGACUGGACCUAUGGAACCUGGAGUCAUUACAGCUUCCCCAGCGGCUGGAUUGUCAUCAACACAAUCGAUCGCGGCCCAUUCGUCGUCAAGUUGAACAACUUCAGGAAGCGCGGUUUCGGCAGCGAGUAUGUCAAGCGUGGCGCUUAAGUCGACUGUAAUGACAGUCAUGAUAUAAUGAAGAGAAAACAGAAAUAUGAUGAAGUCGGAUAGCGCUUGUACGAUUUGCCGAGCCAACUCUC